AUGGCUUCUGGUGACGAGAUACCAGCUAAAAAUCAAAAGGAACAAAGCAAAGAAGAGGUAAGAAGUCGAAGACUCCAUCUAAAUUUAUUGGGGUAAAUUAAGAGGGGUUUUAUUCCGCGAAAUUUAGGGUUUAUCCGUCAAGAAAAGUUACUGAACUACGACUCCAUUUCACGCAAACAGGUCAAUUUUUGAAACUAUAUUUCGUUUAUUUGCGACAGUAAUAGUACGUUGACUAUGUAAUGCAUUAAAACUUAAAAAGUUUUUUGGGAUGUCUCAUUUUAUUUCCCAACUUCAGAUAAAAUUUCGACCGCUUUCUCGAUAUUUUGCAACGACUAUCUAGGUGCUUUUAAAAUAUGUUUCACCCAAGUCAGCGAGAUCUAUUGAUAAGCCUAAUUUGUGAGCGUCAUUAUUCGUUUAGUUCGUGUUAUUUUAAUUGUCUGAACAACCAGAUAAAGAUCUUCUUUACGAAAUUGCAGCUACCUUUGUUGGGAGAAAGUAAUUUUAAUCGUGAUAUAUCGGAUCAAACACUAUUGAAACCCAUAUACAAUUCGCGUUACAUAAUUAACCGUACGUUAUGUCUCAAUUUUUUUCGUUGUCAUUUGAGAGAUUUUGGUUAUUACAUGAUUCAUGUUUUUGAAAUUACUGUCCAACCUAACUGUUUUGCACAGGAAAGAGUCUGGGUCAUUAGUUAUAAAGUGUCUUAUCUUGUGUGAUCUGCUGCCAGGCUACGUGUAGGUAUAUUAAGUCAAUAAACUCUUACGGUGCAUGGCUUAGAGGAUAAUGUCAACGAAAAGUGGGUUAUUCAAAAAUGAAAUGGAAAAAACGAGCUGAUUGAAAAGCAGUCUUUCAGGCAAGGGCAUUAUUAAGUCAAAAUCAAAUUGUCUUUUCUAAUCCUUCCUCUAUCAUGUUGAUAUUCUCAGUCACUUCUUAAAUGGCUGGAAUAUCUCAAUUAGCCCAACAAACUUGAAACAGAAAUAGGAAGGGGAAAGUGGUGUAUGUUAAGCAGUCAAAGAGAUAUUGUUAUUGACUGAAGUUUACUCAACAAUAAUGAAAAAAAAGACCUUAUGUGUUUUCUAAUAACAAGCUUGAUUUAAGUUAAGGGAGCACUCAGAAUUUUUUCCUCUCUAACAUUUCGUUCUCCCCUGAUCAGUGAUAGGCAAGUGGGAAUGCUUCCUUAGUUUGAUGUAGGUUUUAAGCAGUAACUGAUUCUCAGUAAACAAAAGGUAGCAGUUUUGUGUACUGAGCCUGUACAAAGAUGAUUACCCUUUUGUAGAGAUAAGUUGGUCCACUUUUUUGUAAAGGCAUGAUAUUUCUUAGAAAGGAAGAGGGAAAAGCCAUCUAGACUAAUUUUUUUUGCCAUAAAUCUUCUGACAUUGUUUUGCUGUUAUGAUAGGUACAUGAUUCAUUACUGCAUGCAACAGUUUGUUGCAUCAAGCAAAGCUUACAGCUUGGGUACCCAAACCGAACUCAAAGAUUCUCAAUGGAAAUAUUGAGUGAGCAAGUUUGCAUACUCUAAUGGAUUUUUUUUUUAAAGCAGGAGAAAGCCAAAGAUGGACAAUCAACAGAAGAUGGAGCAUCAGCUCCUGUGCCUUCAUAUGUAAAACAUCCAUUGCAAAAUAAAUGGGCUUUGUGGUUUUUCAAAAAUGAUAAGACAAAAUCCUGGCAAGAUAAUCUUCGCCUUGUAACUUCUUUUGAUACUGUAUCCUUUACCAUAAAUCUUCUGACAUUGUUUUGCUGUUAUGAUAGGUACAUGAUUCAUUACUGCAUGCAGCUGUCUCUUAUUUUUUCUGUAAGUGAAACAGGUUUUGUUAUUAUUAUGAUUUAUGUUUCAUUAUUAUUAUUAUUAUUAUUGUUAUCUCUUCUAUCACAGUCUUUGCUGGUGUUCUUUUUGUGCAUCAGCCAGGCGCAAACCAUGCACCUAGGGCAUUAGUCACUUAAGUCAGUCAUUUUGUUUGUACACUAAGCACAUUUCUGAGGAUUUACACAGAUCCCAGCAUGCAGAUCUUUUAAAUCUCUCACAGUAGCUGCUUCUGAUACUUUCUUUUUGUUUUCCGCCAUCCCCUUCUUUACUGUACCAAGCACACCAACAACCACAGGGGUCACUAUGGUUUUCAUAAUUGCCACAUUCUCUGUAUUUCAAUUCUAUAGGUCUUUGUUCUUGCUUUUCUUCUCCAUUUCCUUGAGAACGAUGCAACAGUCAUAUCAAGCAGUUUGGAGGUGAAAUUCACUGAAUCUUUAACUAUGAUGUCUGGUCUUUUUGCUGUUAUAGUUCUGUCAGUAUUGACCAGUAUGUUCAUAUGAUGGUGAUGUUGUUGUCUUUAUUGUGCAUAACAGUCUCUGGCUCAUGUUGGUACCAUUUGUUUGUAAUUUCGACAUCAUGAUCUUUACAGAUGCUUCAAUGGAGAUAUGCAGCAGCAUUAUUGUGCCUAGAGAUGUACUCUGUUUUAGGUAAUACCUCACAUCCAAAUAUAGUAUGGUCCACUGUCUCUUCAUAUUGCAAACACAUUCUGCAUUUGCUCUCAACUUGCUGGCCACAGAAUAACUUUCUGGUAGUUUCUGGUGUUUAUUGCCUGGUCUUGAGCUGCAACAAGUAGUCCUUCUGUGUCUCCCUUCAGAUUACUUGAAAACCAUUUGUUGGUGGUGACUGUGUCUACAUGAGGCUUCUCUAGAAUCCUGGGAUACUGGCCAUGCAAUGCUUUGUUUUUUCCAUUUCUUUCAUGGGUUUCAUCUUAUUAUUAUUAUUAUUAUUAUUAUUAUUAAUGUAUUAUUAUUAUCAUCAUUCUUAUUAUUAUUUAGAAAAUUUCAGUUAUUGUUAUCCACGAUAUCUUGUUUUCUUCAUCUUGGAGUGGAAUAUUUUAGUUAUAUUCUUCAAUUUUGAAAACUUGUGUCUGGUUUAAACGAUUGUCUCAAACUGUAAUUCAUUUCGCACGAGAGAUCGUGUCAAUUUUUUUCAGAGACUUAUGAAAAGAUAACUUCCACAAAGACAAACAGAGAGUUCUUUAAAAAUCAACUUAUCUAUAUUGUUUAGGCCUUUUGAAGGCUGGCUGCCCUUUGGGGAUUUGUCUGGUGCCCUUCAUCUGGUGCAUUGCAUCUGGUGCACUGCAUCAAGAUGGCACACUUGGAGAAAAAAUUAAUUUGGAACUAUCCCACUUCUUGGGAAAGUUCCAAGGACAAAAUAUCCUUCAAUGUUUUCAUGUUAAGUGGUGACCACUUAUGUACAGUGUAUUACAAACAGUAUAAUGUGCAAAAACAAAAAGUAACUAAACCAAUCAGUUGCUUUUAUGUGUACUGUGCAGGUGCAUUGUACAUUUUUCAACAAACCAUCAUUUUCCUGUGUGUUCAUUAGAGGAAUAUCUUAUUAAUUUGUCUUAUAAACUGUUUCCCUUGACUUGUUCCUUUAUUGACUAUCAAAAAGGUCGAGGAUUUUUGGGGGUAAGUUGGUGUUUAGUUUGUUCACUUUACAAUUUUAGACAUCUUUUAAAGACAUUUCAGAACUUGACAUUUAUCUCUCUGAAACUGGUUGUGAAAACAGCCCUAGAACUAAACCAUAUGCUUUUUUCAAUGGUACACACAUUACACAUAUAAAUAAAUUGUGUGCAUCAUAGGGUAAUUUGCUCUUAACAACUGAGUUGAAUACGUAAAUUGGCCACCAUAAAGAGUUUAAAGGUUGAUGUUUUGAGUGUUAGCCCUUCAUCAGAGCAAUUCUCUCCCACCAACGCAGCACCACAGUUUCUUUGGAAACUUACCCCCUUUGUGUCAUGGUAUGAUUCAUCAGUUAGGAUCAGGCCAUAGCAAUUAAGUGAUCUGCUCAUCUUGAAAAAUUGCCUUGCUUUGCAAUUUCCCAGGUCAAUUGGAUCAUCAAGUUUAUUUUCUGCAAUAAUUUUUCGAUAAUCACUCACUAACAGUUAAGGUUUGCUUUGGGAAGCCAUCUGCCAUUUUGGAUGGACCAGUGUGGGCACAAUUAAAUGGUUUUUGCAAAAUAUAAAUUGCAGACAAACACUGUUUGAGGUCUGUAUUGUACAUUACAGACUAAGGUUUCUUUUUUUCGGCUUGAAUUUAUGGGUGCACAGGCUAUAAAUGGGAAACAACAAAGUUUGGUAACUUACAGUAUGAACCAAGAAUACAAGGUUAAUAACAUCAUUAUUUUAUCUCUGGGUUCAAAUAGAUGGGAGGAUUUCAAUUCAAGCAGUCUUUUAAAUUUAGCAGGCUGCACAACGAAAUUCAACCUCUAAAUUGACUAAUCAUAGCACACAUACAGCAGAGAGAUACGAUAUUGUCAUUUACUACUGAAAAUUUUCUUUUGCCAUUUUUUAAAAACUUUCCUGAUUUUCUUCACCAGGGUAUAUAACCAUAUUCAAGCUGCUAGCAAAUUACAGUCUGGAUGUGAUUAUUCAUUGUUUAAGGUAUACAAUUUGGGUGUUGCAUGUCUAUUCCUCUGGUUGGUCUACAGUAUCAUUUCUUUUGGUUGAUUAUUGAUUUAUUCAUGAAUAUCUUUUUUAGUUUUGUUUAUGUGCUACUUUCUCAUUCAUUUGUUGGUCUGUUUAUUCAUUCUCUAUUCACUCAAGUUGUUCAAUUUACAUGAUCAAAUAUGUCCUUACAUUUAAAUUGCUUCAAGCUCGACAUAUUUUCAAAGUAAACAUUUGGUGACCUAAAAUCAGGAAAUGAUUACAAUAAAUGAAAGGUGAAAUUAAAAAUAACCUGUAACAGGUCACAGAUUAUGACAGACUAUUUUGUCUCUUCAUUCGCAUUGGAUAGGUUGAUUUAACAAGUUUAAAGUUUGGGGUCUUGGCCGAUAGCUGGGAUAGGGAUAUAGCCAAAUCAGUAAUUUGUGGUUACAGUAAUAAAACUUCAAUCCCUGUCAACCAUCUAAGGUUGUCACAAAUACAGAUGUAAAAUGAUACCAUACAAGGUGUUUGUUCACCCUUCUUUCAGGAUCUGAAUUUCUGCAGAAUUACUCUGCAUGAAAGGUUUAGCUCAUCAAAUUUCUCCACUCUCCCUUCCCCCCUUAGGAAGGAAUUGAGCCUAUGUGGGAAGAUGAGAGAAACAAGAAAGGAGGACGCUGGCUUGUAAACACACAGAAAAAUUUUAGGCAACAGGAGCUGGACAGAUUAUGGCUUGAAACAGUAAGGACUGAAUGAAGUAUUUGAUAUAUUUGGUUGAAUGAUGGUUUGUUUUUUAGUGUUAUUUAUCCUCUCCAAGGAACUGUCUAUGGAUGUUUCCAUGUCAUGUGAAAUAGAGUUCAAGGAUAUAUAUAUAUAUAUAUAUAUAUAGUUAUCAGGCAUAAGGUGGGUCUUUCAAUGGAUUAAUGAUACAGAUAAAAGCCAGACUGGAAUAGGACAGAGGUUCAAUAACCUCUGCACUUAAGUAGGGACACACCCAACUAAAGGAAUGGGGAAUGGAACAAUAGAAACCCACCUUCUUAACUUGGCUGUGUGUUAAAAUCUCAAGCAUAAGAAAGGUGCCUAAUGCCAUGAAACCAACACACUCUAAAUUGUAUUAGGUUUCAUUUCUACCUAAUAACUGCAUGUUGAUAAUAACAAAUAAUCUCUAGAUUUGGUUGAGAAUUUAAGAUUCUCACAGGUAUAUUGUACAUGUAUUUGACAACUUUAAGGUUGACUUCCAUUUUCCUUUUUUUUUUUUUUUUUUUUCUCACAGUUAAUGCUUCUCAUUGGAGAGUCUUUUGGUGAAUACUCUGAGAAUGUAUGUGGAGCUGUAGUUCAAAUUCGUCAAAAGGGAGAUAAACUGGCCAUAUGGACUGGCAAUGCGUCAGAUCAAGAUGCCAACUUAAGUAUAGGGUAGGUGUAUUAGUUACAUGCUUAUGUGUGUUUCAUCAAUAACCCUUGCUAUUUUUAGAAUUUAGAUAUUUUAUUCCCUCAUUGUGGUGAUGAAAUAUAUUAUUAUGUCUUUGAUAGAGCACUCUUGUGCUUGUCUGUAACUUUCUUCAUCUGUAGCCUCAUGGAACUACAGUCUGUAGUGAUUGAUAUCAUUUUGCUGAAUUAAUUGUCCCAUCUAGUAAAAGAGCCACAAAAUAUAAUGUAUUAGGCCUUUUUAACAGCCCAGAGACAUGUACAUGUAGUCUAACCAAAAUUGUUCCUCUUCCAGUGGGAACUUUUUAAAUUUAAUGGUUACUAUGAAAAAGGAAUCACAGAUUAAAGUUUUUUUAAUUUUUUUUGUUGUGUUUUGUUAGUUUUUUUCCUGUGGUUCCCUUUUUGAUGUUCAUAGAUUGUUUAAAGGUUACCUUGUUGUUGUGUUCUUUUUUUGGUUUGUAAUUAAUUGCCAGAGAAGCUUUAAAGAGUUUGUGCAUCAAGUGAAUAGCUGUUGGUUUUUUUGUUUGCUUGUUUGUUGGUUUGUUUUAUUUUUUUUUCUCCUUAGAGGGAGUCCCAAUAAACAUUGUUUCUUUUCUUUAUCAGACGUAAAUUUAAAGAGCGUCUCAGUCUUCCUGCCAAGCUAGUUAUAGGUUAUCAGGUAAGAAAACUAUAUAUGGUCUUCAAUUUGUGCCUUAAAGGUAUGUAGGUCUGAUAAUCACUUAGGGCAAAGGGUGAGAGGGAAGAAACUUGGCUUGGAAAGGGUCAAAACAGGUUGGAUUUUCUCAAGAUUUGCAGUCAGUUUUGCAAGAGAAGGAUGUUGCAUAUUGCCCAAAAGGAAAUGGUUUACAGUUGAUCAAAACACCAUUAUUGAAGUAAUGCUAUAACUAUAACCCUGCAAAGAUAGCCAGCUCUUACUUACAACUCUCACCCCCACCCCCUCUUCCUGAAGAGAUUCUUGAUAACUGGACUUGAAAGAUGGGCAGAAAUGAAUCCUAGCUACUAGCUAGCUCUUGUUUGUUUUUUCUAUUUGUUUUGUUUUAUUUUAUAUUAUUUUUGUAUUUUUUUGGAAAACAAAAAAAGGCUGUUUGAAAGCCUCUCACAAAUGAAUAUACUAUAAUUUGAUUUAAUUUUUUUAAGGCUCAUGAGGAUACUAUGACCAAGACAGGAUCAGUUACGAAAUCAAUGUUCACAUUAUGAUUAUUAAAGAACUGCUUAUAGACAAUGUCAGAAUAAUUAUCUGAUGUUUUAAGAAAACUUUAGGAUUUAUUCUAUUUAAGAGAGCUUGUAGGCUGUCAGAGCCAGAUUCCCUGCUCAUGAACACAAGGUUUACCUUCUGACUGUUGUGCGAAGGGAAAACACUAGACAAUGUAUGCAGCAUAAUUUAAUUAAACAAUGACUCCUUGGCCAUGUGGUGUGACUUAGCUGAAUUUUGCAUUUUAAAGAUGAACAAAUUCAUAGAUCAGGAGGAUGCAAAGGAGAUCAUGAUGAUAACAAUAAGGUUAACUAGCUCAUUUUACUAUAAUCAGUGUCCUUUCUCCAUACAACAGUCAGAUAUAAGUUGUGAAGACUUAAGCUCUUAAGCUCUUAAAGGCUCAUGAUGUGAGAGAUAAAAAUGAGGUUUGUUAUCGUACAGUGUAUACUGUACAGUUUCUAAGAAGUUAGGAUUAUGUGCAGACACAAAAGGAUCAAGUUUUGUGUCUCAUUUUGCAUUCAUGGUCCUCAUUCGUGCUGUCACUAACUCCCUGAUUUUAUGAAAUCUACAUGAUUGUAUGUGCAGUUCUUUGGCAAUUUGUACGCAAAGAUGUUCUUUAGUUUACAAAAUGCCAGUGGACUGGUAUCUUCAUUUGCCAGUAAAUGCAGCUUCUUUGCAUGUACACUAUCUUAAUUUAUCACAAGUCUAACAAUGUUUAGUGGUUCAUGUUGUAUCAUGUAUUGUAGUUGGUAGUUACAGUCAACAAAAUGCGCAAAAGUGCUUGUCAGCUUCUGAUUUAUUCCCUAUAUUAUGCAGCUUAAGGGUGGUACUUUUUUAAUUUACAUGCAUUUCUCUCAAAUGGGAAGAAAAAAUAAGUAAUUCUUUGGCCUCGUAUUAGAAUUUAAACAUGAAGAGUGUUCUGUUACACUGUAAUGACUGCCAUAGAACGUAAUAUUUGAACACGCGAGUUUUAUUUUCCAUUGGCAAGCUUUGAUUAGAUUAGGUCUUCAUGUACUAUUUCAAGUUGUGAUUACAUAAUAGUGAUAUUUCAGAAAAUAUACAGGCCUUGUUCUACAGGACUUCCGCCCUCUGUGCCCUAGUAAUUUGAGUACUUGAACCAAAGUUUACUUCCAUGGGACAACCCUUCCUCAGUUAUAAUAUUCAUUUACCUAUAGAGCGGUUGGUUUGGAUAUUAUUUGGGAACCUUACUGUGCCCUUGGAAACAAACUUAACUGCUGUGUUUUCAUGUUUAUAUUUUUGGAGCAUUCAUAGUAAGAGAUUUUCUUUUCAAGCCUGUAGUUUUACAGGAGAACAAAGGUGAAGCAGACUUAUUUAAACCUGAUUUGAAAUUAAAUUUCCUUUCAUUAAAUGGAACUGUGUGAUCUAACUGUGACCAAGCCUCAGUUGAAGAGGGUAGGUUACUUAGCACUUAACUCCUAAGAUUCUUCAGAGUACUAGUUCAAACUAUUUUACAAAGAUAGCCCUAUCAUUAAAUUAUGUUUAAUCACUUGCAUGUAUGUAUCACUUUGAGUACUGCGAAUGAAAAAGUUUAUUAUUCUGUACUUCCUAGGAUAGAAUGUAAUUGUUGCAUGCAAAUGAUUUAUAUCAACUUAAAUUUAAAAGUAACUAAUGGUUUUAUUGAGUCAUUAUGUGUAAAAUUAUUUUGAAAAAUUAACACAAGACUUAAAUUUCAAAACACGUUUGCUUGAUUCUCUGAGAAGUCUUCACCAGUCAGUGUUUUGUUUUCUCUAAAGGCAUGUAAUUAGCUUUGUUAUUGAAAUAAGGCAUCUUGGUCAUAGUAUUUGCUAUUAAAAUUUUUAAAUAGCUCUUGUUAGUGAGGACAGCAUUGAGUUUCUUCAUUUCCUUCGCGAGCUGGUUGUCCCAUAAGGCGUGGAUCCCACUUUAUUGCUAGGUCGUUCCAGUCACCCUAGUUUUUCAGACGUUGAGAUGAUCCUGUUCUCCUUUGCAGCCGUUGUUCAGUAAAAAGGCGCUCAAAACGAGGUUAAAAUUAAUAAUAGCAAUAAUAACUCCUAAAGAAUUGGCGCGCUGCUGUGUAAAAUAAGCCAAUUUACGCAUUCUCUACAUCUCUACACCGUGGACGAUUGUGGUCGCUCAGUCGUUGGUGACUCUCUCUAUUGGAUUUCAUUCAAUCCUCCCGAAUGCAGGGGCAUUAUUUUGGACUACUAGGGGUGACCAGGACGGUCGUAUAAGGAACAGGGUGUAGCAUUUCUCUUAAAUCUUCAUCCUUUCGCGCCUACGAGCGAUCAGUACUGAGUUAGAAGACAAGUGAAAUAUGCUGCAGUAGAUUGUUAUUCGGUGUUUAUUAACAUCUUUAGUCCUCAAAGGGAACUUGUGUAGAAUUACAUAGUAAUGAGAAGAGCAAUACUUAUCGCCAGAUUGCACUUGAAUUGAUAAAUUAAUUGAUAGAUUUUUAACUACCAGUGAAGUCUUGUUACUAAGGCCAUAUCUAUGUAAACUUCUCAUCUCAAUUCUCAAACUCGUCUAAGGAUUAUCACUUAUUCAGAAUCACCCAAACAAUAAUCCCCGAUCAAUCCUACAGGGACGUAUAAACAGUCUCUUGUUUACAGUUAAU